CACAUACCCUUUCUCGCCUUCUCCGUCACUCAGCACCUCUCUCUCCGUCCCAUAGCUCUCCUUUUGCAUGUGUGUGUUUGUGUGUCUGCAUGUGAUUUAGGUGCAUCCUCAGCAUCCAGGACCUUCGGUCUCCACAGGGGAAGCUGCAUCGCUGACACUGUUUGGGCCAGAAUCUUUGCAGGUGUGUGAGAGAGGAGAGGGAGGUUAACAUGGGCUCCAGCUCCUCCUCCUAUGCCCCUAAAACCAUUUACCUGGAUGUGGAUGGGAAAGUGCAAAAGGUGGUGUUCAGUGGGCACUGCAGCCCAUGUGACAUUAAGGAGCUUCUGUGUUCCUCAUCUAACAUCCCCAGGAACACAGCCAUCAUGUUGAUGGACCCAGAGGGAGCUUUGGUCUCCAUAGAUCCCACCAUGCCCACCAACUCUCCCAACUCUCUGUACAAAGUUGUCCCACUGUCUACUGGUCAAAUUGGAGAGAAGGAGGACAUGUUUCAGAACGUGUUGUCCCAGGUGGCCGAUCAGUUCAGCAGGGCCUUUCGCAUUAACGAGUUGAAGUCGGAGGUCACCAACAGGCUAGCGAUGCUGGAGAAGAGAGUGGAAUUGGAGGGCUUGAAGGUGGUGGAGAUUGAGAAGUGUAAAAAUGAUCUGAGAAAGCUGCGAGAUGAGAUGACUUCAAGAGGUGGUGGCAGAGUAAACUGUCCGUGCAAAUACAACUUUGACGAUGGGAAGAAGGUCACGCCUAGACGAGACGUCCCCAAUUACCCAAAAUACACGCUGUCUCAGGAGACCAUCGAGGCGCUCAAGAAGCCGACAUUCGACGUCUGGCACUGGGAACAUAACGAGAUGCUAAGUUGUUUGGAGUAUAUGUACCAUGACUUGGGACUGGUGAAGGAAUUCAACAUGAACCCCAUCACACUCAAGCGCUGGCUGUUGGCCAUUCAGGAGAACUACCGUAGUAAUCCUUUCCACAACUUUCGCCACUGCUUUUGCGUCAGUCAGAUGAUGUAUGGCAUGAUUAACCUCUGCAACCUACAGGAAAAGCUGACUCUCACAGAUAUGGGCAUUCUAAUGACGGCGGCAGUGUGUCAUGACCUGGACCACCCUGGCUACAACAACACGUACCAAAUCAAUGCCCGCACAGAGCUAGCAGUCCGGUACAAUGACAUAUCUCCGCUGGAGAACCAUCACUGUGCCGUGGCCUUCCAGAUCCUCUCUCUCCCGGAGUGCAAUAUUUUUGCAAAUGUCGAUCCCGAGGCAUACAAACAGAUCCGACAGGCAAUUAUCACCCUCAUCCUUGCCACCGACAUGGCGAGACACGGGGAGAUACUCGACUCCUUCAAGCAAAAAGCGGACAACUUUGACUUUACCAAUGAAGAGCAUGUGACGUGUCUGAAGAUGGUUUUGAUCAAGUGCUGUGACAUUUCCAAUGAAGUGAGGCCAACUGAGGUAGCUGAGCCAUGGGUGGACUGCUUAUUAGAGGAGUAUUUCAUGCAGAGUGACAGGGAGAAGUCUGAGGGCCUCCCUGUGGCUCCCUUCAUGGACAGAGAUAAAGUCACCAAACCCACCGCUCAGAUCGGGUUCAUCAAGUUUGUCCUCAUCCCAAUGUUCGAGACUGUCAUGAAGCUUUUUCCUCAGAUUGAGGAGAUUAUGGUUCAACCUCUGAGAGACUCGCGGGACCACUACGAGGAGCUGAAACAGAUUGAUGAUGCCAUGACAGAGGAGGCACAGAAGAAAAAAACUGAAAAUAUGUCAAUAGGCGGGAAGAAGAAGUAAGCUCUGCAGUGAGUGAGUGCUGUGGUAUCUGUGAGUCUUCUUUUGUGAUCACACUCAGGAAAGGACUUUAAAACAUGUGAUUGAGGCCUCGGUGAAGAGAUUCCGUGCUGCGUUGUCAAGACAACAGAUGGAUCCGGAUCAAAAUGGGGCGAACGGAGAUUGUUUGGCUACUUACUGAAAUUAAUGUAGGUAUCAAGGUGACAUAUCUAGAAGGACCAAUUUCUCCAAAAAAAACACCUAUUUAAAUAUUUAAACCAUGCAUUUUAAAAAUACACAUUUGUCUGGAGAAUACUACUAAAAAUAAUUGAUUGAUUCACUUUUUUUCCAGUAGAAGAGUGAAAUGCACCAAAGUAGGUUGUUUUCACAUUCAUGUAGCAUUAUAUUAAUUGAUACUGGGUGUUUUCCAAAGAAAGAUGCAGCUCGGCACUUCUUUUUUCAUGUUCAAUACCAAUGAGCAGAUAAUCAAACGAAUUCAACUCUAUGUGUUCUCUUCUCUUGAUCAACACUGUCAACAACUGUGUUCAAUCGAAUGAACACACACACAAGUUCCAAGGUUUCACACAUAUGACCAUUGAAAAGGUUUUUGAUAUUUUGCAAUAAAUGUGAAACUAGUUUUGUAUGUCUGUUCAUCUGUCACAGAUUCUUCAUAGAUAGAGGUCAGCGCACAUAUUUCCGAGUGUCUUCAGAGUGUUUCCGUAGUAGCUCAGUCACCAUUCAAUAUAAAAGUUUUUCUUUAAACAAAUGGAGACCACGGGUUGUUGCAUAAAAGUUAGAAAGUACACAAUAAGCCCGAUAUGAACCUUGCCAUGAUCGACGUUGCGCGGUGCAUUGUAAAGGUGACCUACUAGCUGUGUCCUUGUAGUCACAUGACUUGUUACUUAUUACUGUUUCUGUUGUUUCCUCCUGUCCGGAGAAAUGGUUUGACAAAACUAUCUCCACCGUCUAACUCUGGAAGGCGUAUCGAAUUAAUCAAGCUUGUUUAUUUGUCAUGGAAAUGUUGCCAACAGAUCGAUCUCUAUCACGUUUAUUUUUGUAUCACUGCGGUUUACUUACAUGCUGUUAAUUCCAUAAAAGUGCCUAUCUAGAUAAUUGUGUUUACAUUUUACUUGUGAUUAUCGGAUCCGGUUCAUUAUUCCUAUCUUCACCUGAAAACAAUACUUAUUUUUGUUGUGUUGCAUUAAAAUGAUGUAUUAUUAUUUCCACCUCUUGAAGCCACAUGUAAGACUGCAUCGUAACAUUCAUUGUUGUGUAGAGAUUCCCAGUUCAGGCAGCUUGCUCCCUCAUCCUGACUGAAAUAGUUUUUAUUGCUGCAUGAUAGAUUUUAGGGCUAGAAAUGUGUUGAAAUAUGAGCAGUUAUCCAACGAGUACCACCCAAAGGUGCCACUUAUCUCAGCCCGAGCCACGCCCCUCCCUCCCGCCACAGUUUUCCUCUGAGCCAUAUUUUAUCUGCGUUGUUUUUUGGCUCCAGCCCCUCCCCUGGCUUUUUAUUACCGCAUUUCUGGCAAUAACUCCAGAUUGAUUAUUUACGUACCUCUUGGCUCACACACACUGAAUACCACCUACAUGCUGUAGCUCAGAGAAAUCAUUGAUACUACAGAGCAAUGAACGAAAACAACAAAGACUUCAUAUGUGCUGCUUAUUUUUUUGUUUGUUUUAUUUAUGCCGAAAACAAGAAACAUUCCUGUUCUCUGUGGUUUAGAUUGAUUAAACUAAUAAUUUAUCUACGUGUUAA